AUGAGGGCUUUUAUUUUUAUAACUAUUCUGGUAGUCCACUCAGCAACAGCCCAUUUGCAGUUAGAAAAAGUAGCGGAAAAGGUUGUGGAGAAAGUGCAAUCCGGACUCAAGCACUUGAAGGAAAAAGCUGCGUCGCAGCUCCACAAAUUGACGGCUGAUUUCGACUUACAGAAAUUCCACAAACAUCUACCGCAACCGUACGCCAAGCAUUAUGUUAAGGAACACUAUACAAGGAAGACACCGUUCGUUAUCGAUCCGUACCAAAUCGAACGUUUGAAGCAUUACUUUGAACCACACCACAAACCUGUACCGUAUCACAUACCCCACUAUAAGCCUUAG